GGGGGAGGGGUCGUGUUUUCCGGACGGUCUACCAUCCAUCAGUCCAAAGUGACUGUACUUACCUGCCAGGAAACUGCUUCGAGACCAUAGACUUCGAGACCGAAAGCAGUAGUUUGACAAAAUAUUUAAUAAGUGCACAGCCCUCACUUCCACGAGCGUUACAUUGUAUUGUAACCAACACGCGUCAGUUUAUUUCAAAACGUCUUUUUUUUUUAAUUCCUGUAACUCCUAUAUCCAGGUCUAAGUGUGGAUAAAGCCACUUAACACUAAAGUAACUAGCCAUACCCCUGUUUAGUCUCUGCGUCUUCGACAGUUCGGUUGAUUUUAUCGCAUAGAUGUCACCCUAAAACGGAUUCGCUGGAUCAACCGAACGGUUCCUGUAACCCCACCCAGUUUCUGAUCGACCGCUGAUUGGUCGUCAGUUUCGCUGUGAGUAUUUUCACAUUCCAUUCCGCGCUUCUAAUUGGUCGCCGGUGACGACAAUCCCACACCCAACUCCCACCCACUGAGGCAUCAAGUUUGUGAGACUCGCAAUAGCUAGUUUGUUAAGAGGCUAUAGCUGAAUGUGCAGCAAAGACUCCAAGUCUAACUGCGCUCUUUGGUUUAAAUCACUCACUUACAGUUCAGUAAGAUGGAUAUGAAAAAGAGAAUUCACCUGGAGUUGCGGAACCGGACGCCGUCAGACGUGAAAGAGCUUGUGUUGGACAACUGUCGGUCAAAUGAGGGCAAAAUUGAGGGCCUCACUGAUGAGUUUGAGGAACUGGAAUUUUUAAGCACAAUCAAUGUAGGCUUAACAUCAGUCGCUAAUUUGCCGAAGCUAAACAAACUCAAAAAGCUCGAGCUUAGCGAUAACAGAAUCUCAGGGGGUCUGGAGGUACUGGCAGAGAAGUGUCCCAACCUCACCCAUCUCAACCUCAGCGGCAACAAAAUUAAAGACCUCAGCACCAUCGAACCCCUGAAAAAAUUGGAAAGCCUCAAAAGUUUAGACUUGUUCAAUUGUGAGGUGACAAACCUGAAUGACUACAGAGAAAAUGUUUUCAAGCUGCUCCCUCAGUUGACAUAUCUUGAUGGCUAUGACAAAGAGGAUAAAGAAGCACCCGACUCUGACGCCGAAGCUUACGUCGAAGGCCUAGACGACGACGAGGAUGAUGAAGAUGAGGGAGAAGAGGAGGAGUAUGAUGAAGAUGCAGCUCCAGGAGAUGAAGAUGAAGAAGAGGGAGAGGAGGAGGAUGAGGAAGAGGGAGAAGAGGAGGAAGAAGAGGACAUCAGCGGAGAGGAAGAGGAGGAAGAAGAGUUAAAUGAUGGCGAGGUAGAUGAUGAGGAAGACAUUGAGGAGGAGCGGGGUCAGAAGAGGAAAAGAGAGCUGGAUGAGGAAGGGGAGGAAGAUGAUGACUGAACAUGCACUCCCCCCAUUGUGAUCUGACCGUUUAACCCCUGUAUAUCUGUUCUAUUGUCACUCUGCGAUGGUUUGGGGAGGUAUUCAAAUGGUAGGGGGUGGGUUAGUAUAAAGGAGGACACAGUUUAAAUAUUUGUUUUUAUCUUUUUUGUUGUUGUUGUUGUUGUUUUCUUUUGGUUUGGUUUGUACUUUCAGUUUGAUUCCCUUCAUUUUCUCCAAAAGCUCUUCAAAUGGCUGACAACACAGUGUGGAAAUUUAUUAUUGUUGGAAAAAAAGACCAGUAUGCUCUUGUAAUUUUUCCCUGUCUUUACUGUUGAUGCCUAAAUGCUGGUGAUGACUUCUGUAUUAAAAAAGAAAAAAACAACCAAAAACCUUUUAGAAGUGCAUGGCUGACUCUAUUUUAAAGUUGACUACUGGAUUUCAAGGAAGAACAUUUUCUAACCCACUUUUUUUAUUGCAUCUUUUAUUUGUGUAUUUUGUUUCUUUGGUGUUUUCUUCAUCAUCAUCAUCACACCACUACCACCAUGUGACGUGCUGUUUAGGCUUGAAGAAUACAUCAUGAUGUCAGUUCAACCUCUCAAUGUGAUUUUUAUUUUAUUUUUUAAUGUUCAGAGCCGAAUGUCUGCCCUUGUCAAAUGAACUGA